AUGGACAAGUUCCGGAUGAUCUUCCAGUUCUUGCAGUCCAACCAGGAGUCCUUCAUGAAUGGCAUCUGUGGUAUCAUGGCUCUGGCCAGUGCCCAGAUGUACUCGGCUUUCGACUUUAACUGCCCCUGCCUGCCGGGCUACAACGCAGCCUACAGUGCUGGCAUCCUGCUGGCCCCUCCCUUGGUACUCUUCUUGCUCGGCCUGGUCAUGAACAACAACAUAUCCAUGCUGGCCGAAGAGUGGAAGCGGCCAUCAGGCCACCGAGCCAAGGACCCCGCUGUGUUGCGCUACAUGUUCUGCUCCAUGGUGCAACGUGCCCUCAUUGCUCCUGUUGUCUGGGUGGCUGUCACGCUGCUAGAUGGCAAGUGCUUUCUCUGCGCCUUCUGCACAGCUGUACCUGUGGCCGCCCUGGGCAACGGCAGCCUGGCACCCAACCUAGCUGCCUCAGAGCUUGCGCGCCUACUGGCCAGGGUGCCCUGCCCUGAGAUCUAUGACGGUGAUUGGCUGCUGGCCCGCGAGGUGGCCGUGCGCUACCUGCGCUGCAUCUCCCAGGCGCUGGGCUGGUCCUUCGUGCUGCUGACCACACUGCUGGCCUUUGUGGUGCGCUCCGUGCGACCCUGCUUCACACAGGCCGCCUUCCUCAAGAGCAAGUACUGGUCCCACUAUAUCGACAUCGAGCGCAAGCUCUUUGAUGAAACGUGCACGGAGCACGCCAAGGCCUUCGCCAAGGUCUGCAUUCAGCAGUUCUUUGAGGCCAUGAACCAAGACCUGGAGCUGGGUCACACUCACGGGGUGCUGGCCACAAGCUCAGUUUCCCCAGUCACCACCGACGGUGCCAGGGAGGAGAGAGAGAAGCUGCGUGGCAUCACUGACCAAGGCACCGUGAACAAGCUGCUCACCAGCUGGCACAAAUGCAAGCCACCACUGCGGCUGGGCCAGGAGGAGCCAUUGAUGGGCAAUGGCUGGGCUGGAGGUGGGUCCCAGAUCCCACGCAAGGAGGUGGCCACCUAUUUCAGCAAAGUGUGA